CAUAAUUCCCUCACAACAAAAAUGGCACGCACCGCCCAAACCGCCCGAAAAGCCUCCUCCCGCGCGCCCCGUCGUGCCCUGCAAACCACGCACCAAUUCCACGACCACACCAACACCCCCUACACGGUAGUCGACGGCCCGCCCACCUCCUGCCACGACACCUCCGUGAUCCGCAAGCUGGGGAUCCAGCUAUACACCCUCUCCGGGUUCACCGUCACCGCAGAGGAAAUUGGCCGGAAGUUGCUGGCGAGUCAUGCGAUUAGCGGGUGGGGCAAUGCGCGCAAUUAUUGGCCGCGGGUGGAUGUUUAUUCUACGCCGAUGGGGCGUGUGGGGGGGUGUGUGGAGCAUCAUCGGUUGGAGAAGGAGUUUAGGGCACGGGUGAAGAGGGAGAUGGUUGAGGCUGUUGGGGAGGAGGAUGUUAGGGCGAUCGCGAAGUUACGUGGGAAAGAGCCCCUGCCGCAUAUUGUGCCGACGUGGUGUGCGGCGGCGAAGUACUGGACGGAACGGGAUCUCUGUCGCUCACGGUAUCGGAGUUGGGUGCUGGUUGUGCCGGAGGGGUGUGGGUGUUGGGAGGAUGUGCUGGGGAAGGGGCUGUGGGUUGUCAAGUUUGAUUUGGAUGUCUCGCCGGCUAUGGAGACGGUGAUGGAGGAUUGGCCGGUCGAGUGGGAGGAGGAUGGCCUGGAGGGGAAGGGGUGGGUGUUUGUUGAGAAGAAUGAGGUUGGAGAGGAGUGGGAGUGGGAGUGGGAGUGGGAAGCAGGUCUUCAGGACGAGCCUCUAUCAUGAGUGGGCGGUUUUUACGGGGCGUUGUGGGAUUGUACGUAUCGGAUUCCGUGUUGUGAUGGGUGCGAUGAGGGGGUACAGCAUGAUUGUGAGGUUGAGAUGGAUGAGCAUUAUUUUGAUGGUGAGGGGCAGUGUGUUGCUUGCCGGAGGGCGACUGAGUAUCGACGGCGGAGUAAGAGGGUGGCUGCGAGGGAGAAAGUGGGUGGAAGUGGUAAGUAAAUUGGCGUGGAAAGGUUGCAGUAUUAUAUGAGGCUAU